UGCAGUUUCUUACCGAGAGAAUUGCGAUAAUACCGCAGCGGCGCGGAAAAGUCGGUCCAGUCAAAGUGCGCUCUGACGGAGCGGCAGCGAUGGGAGCUUCGCCGACGCGUCCCGAGUACGACGCAGAUCUGACGGAGAAAAGCGGAUUUUCAAAGGAGCAGCUCAAUAACCUUUACAGGCGAUUCCAGCAGCUGAGUGGAAAUAAGGAGACAAUAAGCAGAGAAGACCUGGAGUGCAUAUCAGCCCUUGAUGACAACCCCAUCAGAAAGGAAAUUAUUAGUGCAUUCUUCGAUAAAAGGAACCAGCAUCAGAAUGAGGUUGGCUGCUUUGACGAGAUCAACUUUGAGCAGUUCCUCAUGGUCAUGUCCCACUUCCGCCCUGUAAGUUCAACAGCAACAGAAGACGAGAGGAAGGCUGUAAGAAGACAGAAGCUUCGCUUCCUUUUCAACAUGCACGACACAGACAAUGAUGGGAAGAUUACUUUGGAUGAGUACAGAACGGUGGUAGAGGAGCUGCUGUCUAAAAGCGGAACCAUUGAGACCGAGGUUGUCGCGUCGAUAGCAGACGCUGCCAUGCUGGAGGUGGCGAGCACAAAUGUGCCCCACAUGGGCCCAGAUGAGUUCUAUGAAGGAAUUACAUUCGAGCAUUUUGAGCAGAUAUUAAAAGACCUUGAAAUGGAAUCCAAGAUGCACAUUCGCUUUUUGGAUGUGAACACUGCAACUAUGCAUUGUGGGAAAUUAACCUCCUGAUUGGAAAAAGUUAGAUUUAACACGGUGCUGUAAGCUCAUUUUUCUGCAAGUAAUAAACACUGAACGCCACUUGUGCCCUUAUAGUUAUUCUACAGUUCUCUACUUAAGUGUUAAGAAUUCAGUUUUUUUAUGUUUUAUGACUUUAAAAGUAGCUAGCAUCACUUUUAAGUCACAAAAAGUAAACAUUCUGCAAACCUCAGUGCAAUGUUAGCUGAAGUCAUAGUGGCUGCUCUGGCAUUCAUGGGUCAGCUGUUACGCCAUCCAAAGUGAGACUCUGCAGGCACACAUCAUUUUCUCUGUAGCUCUAGAAUAGAUUCUUUUGUGUUCCUCUGAGUCUCAGUGUAACCACUGGGGUAUGGGAGACUUUAUACCCCUGCUAUCAUAGGUUGAGAGGCAGGGUACACCCUGUACAGGUCCACACAGAGAGACAGACAACCAUUCACACCUAUAUGCACUUUAGAGUGACCAAUUACCCUAACCUAAGUAUGUGCAAACUGGGCCAAGGUGGAAUCGAACCCAGACCUUCUAGCUGUGAGGCAGCAAUGCUAACCACCACGACACCGUGCUGUC